AUGACGAAAAGCAAUGGAGUUUCCUCGUGGGGAAAAAGGCGAGAAAGCGAGGAAAAGGCGAGAAAGGGAGGAAAAAUGCGAGAAAGCGAGGAAAAAUGCGAGAAAGCGAGGAAAAAGGCGACGAAAGAGGCGAGAAGGCAAGGAAAGAGGCGAGAAGGCGAGGCGAGAAGGCGAGAAAGUGAGGAAAAAGGCGAGAAAAAGGGCGAGAAAGCAAGGAAAAAACCGAGAAAGCGAGGAAAAGGCGGAAAAGUGAGGAAAAAGGCGAGAAAGCGAAGAAAAAAGGCGAAAAAGCGAGGAAAAGGGCGAGAAAGCAAGGAAAAGGGCGAGAAAACGAGGGUAAAAAAGAGGCGAGGAAAAUGGCGAGAAAGCGAGAGUAAAAAUGUUAUUCAAGUAAGAUAG